UGAAACUUGUUCCAAGAGUCUAGGGUCCAAAGCCUGCUGAAAUCUGUGGGAGUCUCUCCCCUAGUCUGGGGUAUUGAAUUGAGUUUGAAAAUGUAAAGGUUAGUGAUCAUCAGCAGCAUGAUCCAAAUGGUGCAUAGGGCAUGCAGGGCUGGUGUGUGUCACAGUGGGCCAGCUGUAUGCACAAGUUUUGGUGUUAUUUCCACUUUUGAGUGUUGCUUGACUUUGGAACAAUUUGAAAAUACCAUUUGAAAUGCCUGCGAGCACUGAUCCAGAAAUCCCAGUACAGGCUUUGCCUUGAUAGGAGAGGAAAAAAAAAAUAAAUACAAAACCAAGCCCUCUUAAUGCGAUGAAAGCACCCGUGGCCCUGUUGAGAAGCACUUUUCAUGCUGGUGAAGGCAUCACGCAAGGAGGGACUCGGGACUCCUGGUCCCUCUGACGACAACUUGACAGAGCCGGAGCCACGUUUUGACAUGAGAUCAAGAUUUUCAUCAAUGAAUUUAUGGGUGACCCAACAGUUCACUGUGACAAUUGUUCUUUGGGAUACUCCAAGUUACUCUUUCAGUUUCAGGGUGAGAGGAAGGAGAUGGAUACUGAAGAGAACAGACUAAGCAGAGCAUAAUGUGGGAACGGGAGAAGCAACAUGGAAACCGAAGGGAUGUUAAACAGCUCUUAGAGAAGGGAGGUGCUGGCGAGGGACAUAGAUGGAUUCAACACAUGAGAUGUAUGUCUGCUCACAAAUUAGCAACACAUGCUGAAGAGCAAACACAGAACGUCAGUCAAGUGUCAAGUCCAUGAAUGUGUCUUUUGUAGCAGAUGGCCAGUAGUCCAUGUGCCAGGCAGCCCCAACACCUGCUCAGCGUGCCAGCUGGAGUUGACCUGUGCCACUGAGGUGGGAGGAAUCGCUGCAGCCUGUGCCAUGGCCCAGCACACCGGCCCUCCUGAUGGAGGCUGGGGGUGGAUGAUCGUUACUGGCUGCUUCCUUGUCACUAUCUGUACCAGGGCUGUGACAAGGUGCAUCUCCAUUUUUUUUGUGGAGUUCCAGGCAUACUUUGGGCAGGAUUAUGCCAGGACGGCUUGGAUCCACUCCAUUGUUGACUGUGCAACGAUGCUUUGUGCCCCACUUGGGAGUUUAAUCAGUAAUCGUGUAUCCUGCCAAGCUGGUAUCAUGCUAGGAGGGCUGCUUGCAUCUGCUGGACUAAUUUUGAGUUCAUUCGCCACCAGCCUGGAACAUCUCUACUUAUCAUUAGGAGUUCUUACAGGACUUGGGUUUGCACUUUGCUAUUCUCCAGCCAUUGCAAUGGUGGGCAAAUAUUUCAACAAAAGAAAAGCACUGGCGUAUGGAAUAGCCAUGUCAGGAAGUGGAAUCGGUACCUUCAUCCUGGCCCCUGUGGUCCAACUCUUAAUCGAUCAGUUUUCCUGGCAUGGAGCUUUACUCAUCCUGGGAGGUUUUGUUUUAAACCUUUGUGUCUGUGGUGCCUUGAUGCGUCCUAUUGCUCUUAAGGAGGACCAUAAAUCUGCUUCUGAGGUUCUUGAACAGGAUUACAUCCCCGAAGCACAGAAACAAGACUUAAAUCGAAUGUCCAUCUGUUCACCUUUAAUCAAAGUGUGGUCUCAUGAAUGUUUAUGCUACUGUUCAUGGAAGGAAUAUGACUUUCUGCUGAUGCCAGGCUUCAUGGUGCUGGCAGUGUCUGUUUUAUUUAUGGCAUAUGGCUGUAGCCCUCUUUUUGUCUACCUAGUGCCUUAUGCUUUGAGCGUUGGAGUGAGUCAUCACCAGGCUGCCUUCCUCAUGUCCAUACUUGGUGUCAUAGACAUAAUUGGUAAUAUCACCUUUGGAUGGCUAACAGAUAGAAGGUGUCUGAAGAAGCACCGGCACUUUUGCUACCUCUUUGCUGUGGGAAUGGAUGGCCUCUGUUGUCUUUUCCUGCCAGUUCUCCAAAACUUCCCUUCACUUCUGCCUUUCUCAUUUAUGUUUGGCUACUUUGAUGGAGCCUAUGUAACACUGAUCCCUGUCGUGACAGCAGACGUAGUGGGAACUUCUUCCUUAUCAUCAGCACUGGGUGUGGUGUAUUUUCUGCAUGCCAUACCGUAUCUAGUAAGCCCACCUGUUGCAGGUUGGCUUGUGGACACAACCGGCAGCUAUACUGCAUCAUUCCUGCUGUGUGGAUUUUCUAUGAUAUUUAGUUCAACAUUAUUGUGCUUUGCAAGACUAACAAAGAAAAUCAAACGAAAACAUUUGCGACCACUCACCGAUGAUAUGGGCAUGAAACAGCACAUCUGGACCAAUGGAGCAAUUGCUUUUUCUGUCACAGCAGAAUUAGACCAAAAGGAUAUUGAAUUUUUGGCUGUGGAUAAAAACAGCUACAGCAACAGAUGACAAGUGCCAUCAAGAUUUAGCACUGCACAGCCGUGACUGAGACAGAGGUGGCUCCAUAGUGUUAACACUGUUGAAGAUAUUACUCCUGUGAAACAAGGCAUCUCUCAAUUAGAUUUUUCUGUUGUAUUUUACUUGGCUAAAAUUUAUAUACAGCAACCACAAUACCAAGCUAAUGCACUAACAGAAGAAACAGACUGAAAAUAGAGUUUCUAGAUAUGAAGGUUCACAGAUUUCUUUGAAAUGCAAUAUGUCAGCUCCACAGGUAAUCUCAAAGAUAAUAGGUGGCUAUAAUAAAAGAAAACUAUAAAGUUAUCAGUCAUCAGAACUGAACAAUAAAGUUUAAAUUAUUUUUUUAAUUAAUUAAGCUUUUUUGGUCUUCUGGUCUAUUAUGUUUCCAGGGACUAAUCACACCUGCAACAAAAAGUCUCCACAUUUAUCAAUCUACAUGAAACUACUGAAAAAUAACUGUUUCAAAUGCCAAAGCCAUUUUUUAGAAAAUCUGGCAGGAAAGUGAGAUUUAUGCUUAAAAUAUCUCUGAAGCAGCUUUAAUUUUUACAGUGUGCCUGAAUUUUAUACAUAAAUUGCCACUUCAUUUCAAAUAUGGUUUUAGGCCUACUUUCCCAAGCUCCCUACAGCAAAAUUUUGAGGUGGAUGCUCCUUUUUUUCCUGAACACCUUUAAAGCUUGAAUUUCUAAAAAUUGACAUUCCAGGUUUGAUCCUCCAGCUGAUCCUUGUCUGGGAGGGUGGAAGAGGUGCUGUGGUUGCUCUGCUUUCUGGAGUAAAUUUGUGCCAGAGGACUAGACAUGCUGAUAGCCAAACCUGCUUUUUAGCUGCAUUAGUUGGAAGAAGCCCAAAGGCAGCCCAGGAGACCAAAGGAGUGUUUCUAAAUACAGGGCCUCAUUCUCUUGUAAAAUCAGCAGCUGUUGAAGAAAUUUGGAAUCUAUACAAACAGAUGACUGAGAGACUGCCCACUCCACAAGCUGUUAGUAAGCAGGAUGCUGGCUAAGUUGUUUCUGUGUUUUGCAGUGACAAGUCCAUCUCUUUUUGGGACCCAGGAGCUGUAUCUUCAGAUUGUGCAAAUUACGCAUUUGUGCCAACUGAAGAGCUGAUCAGGUUGCUUAUCCUCAUUGGCUGUAACACAACAACUGUGAUUUGCCAGUGGUUUCUUGCUACUUGUAUGAGGAAUGUAAUAUGGCUGCUUGACAGGACCUAUGUAUGAAUGUAGCUCAUGGGGUAAAUUACUGAUCUGAUGAGCUAAAAAGCAAUAGGAUGUUUCUGCAUUUCCAGAGUGAAACUGUUGUCAGUGAUGGAGGAACUUCACAUUCUGCAAUGCAAAUAAUUUCUGUGUUUUGAUGCUGUAUAAAACUGCCUUCUGUUCAUCAGCAAAUUAAUAAGGGUCCAAAUAAUUUUCAUUAAUGUUGAACAAGUAGAUUUGUCAGUAAUCUGUAGUUCAAUGGUUGGUUAUGGUGUCCUGUUCCACUCUGUGCCUCAGAAGGGAAAGCAACAGGCUGAUGUUCACCAAUUUGAUUUAGACCAAGAAUACAGCCAUAGGGGUGUAAUAUUUUUUUAAUAUAUGAAUAUAUAUAUGAAUAGUAUGUGUAUCAACAGUUUUAUUAUUACUGCAUAUUUCAAAUAUAGCACAUUAAAAUUACUUGAAUUCA